AUGUCUAAUACGACUGAAGACCCAAAGAGGCAUAUUUUGAUGAUAGAUAAUUAUGACUCAUUUACUUGGAAUUUAUAUCAAUAUUUACAUCAAUCUCCAAAAUGUGGGAAAGUAGACGUUUUCAGAAAUGAUAAAAUAGACAUUGCAACAAUAGAAAAUGAAAUCAAACCAGAUAUAAUUUUUAUAUCCCCAGGUCCUGGACACCCAUUAACAGAUUCAGGAAUAUCAAGUGAUGUAAUAAGACAUUUCAAAGGAAAAUUACCAAUAUUUGGAGUUUGUAUGGGUCAAGAAUGUAUAUUUGACGUAUUUGGAGGUGAUGUUUCAUAUGCUGGAGAAAUAGUUCAUGGUAAAACCACCACAAUAAAACAUGACGGGAAGGGAAUGUUUGAAGAUGUGCCACAAUCUGUUGCUGUAACUAGAUAUCAUUCAUUAGCUGGCACUGAAGCUACAUUACCUGAAGUUUUAGAAGUUACUGCAGUUACUGAAACUCAACCAAAUGUUAUCAUGGGAGUUAGACAUAAAGAAUAUACUAUAGAAGGAGUACAAUUUCAUCCAGAGUCUAUCUUGACUGAAUCUGGUCAAUUGAUGAUUGAUAAUAUUUUGGGGGUUUAUGGAGGAACAUGGGCAGAAAAUAAUGAAUUUAAAUCAAAAUUACAAAAUGGUCAGAAAAGUAAGUUUGGUAAAGGUGAAAAUAUUUUACAAACCAUAUAUAAAAAGAGAAAGGAAGAUUACGACAUAAUUGAGAAUUUACCAGGUAGAUCAUUUAAAAAUUUGGAAAUUGCAUUAUCAUUAGGAGUAGCACCUCCAGUUAUAAAUUUUUACGAUAGAUUGAAAUAUACCCAAGAUGAAUUAAAACAAACAAUAAUUUUAUCAGAAUUUAAGAGAGCAAGUCCAUCAAAAGGUGAUAUUAAUAUAAACGCACACGCAGGAAAACAAGCAUUAACAUAUGCCAUAAAUGGAUGUUCCACAAUAUCAAUUUUAACUGAACCUAAUUGGUUUAAAGGAUCUCUUGAAGAUUUAUCAUUAAUACGUAAAGUUAUAGAAAGUCCAGAAACCAAAAAAGUCCCCAACUACAAAAGACCAGCAGUUUUAAGAAAAGAAUUUAUCUUUAAUAAAUAUCAAAUACUAGAAGCAAGAUUAGCUGGUGCAGAUACUGUUUUGUUAAUUGUGAAGAUGUUAGAUGAUUUUGAGUUAUUACAAGAAUUAUAUUCAUACUCAUUAGACUUGGAUAUGGUACCAUUAGUAGAAGUAAAUGAUGCACCUGAGUUAGAGAAAGCAUUGAAAUUAAGUUACAAAAAAGAUACAAGUGAACCAUUAAUCAUUGGUGUAAAUAAUCGUAACUUAACUAAUUUUAACGUUGACUUGAAGACAACAAGUUCAUUAGUUGAUCAAGCCAAAGAUAAAAAAACCAAUGGUAGAAAAGGAGAUGUAUUAAUACUAGCUUUAUCUGGUAUAACUUCAGUUGAGGAUGUCAAAAAAUAUAAGUAUGAGGAUCAUGUUGAUGGAUUUUUAAUUGGAGAAAGUUUAAUGAGAGCAGAAUCCAAGGGUAAAGCUGGUGAAUUCUUACAUGAUUUAUGUAGUUGUUGA